UUUGCACCUGAACUCUUCAAAUACAGCCUUUAGAUGCCUUUUGAGAACUGUCCAUUAUCCAAAUUAGCCUUAAUUACUUUCCAAACUUUGUCUGACUUUUCAGCUGCAACAACUGGUCAUAUUUUCAUUCCUUUCACUGUGUGAGAAUCACUUUUUAUUAACUUUAGCAAAACCCGAAACAUUUUAAAUCUCUAAAUGACGUGUGUCUGAGUCAGCGAUACAUUACUUUCUGUAAAGCUGCGUUGAAAGCACGUUUCGGCCUCAUUAAUCUCCAUCUCUCACAGAAGCUUUUGUGCGUCUGACAGCUUCAGUCCGAUCACACCGAUCUGUUUCAAACGCAUCAUCCUUCUCUGAUUAUCAUACAUUUGUCAUCCAGAUGCAUUAAGCACAGAUACAGUACAGGUUUUGGAGAUGUCGUUCCUGGAAGGUCAAGUGCAAGGUCACGAGGAUGAGGAUGAGGAUGAGUUCCCCCUGCCGGUAAUGUUUCAUCAACUUACUGCAAACUUCAGAGUAACUGCAUGAAGUGACUAGUUAAAGUACGGUCUUCGUGACUGAACAGGUUCUGAGCAAAUCAAGGAAAUUUGCCAAAAUAAAUGGAUUUAUUCAUUCAGAUGCCAGCGUUUGUUUUAUAGUGUAUUUCUGAUGAACACAUAAUAUUUGCUUUUCGUCAGUGAAAUGUGAAAGUUGGCAUGUGUUGAUCAGUCAGGCCGUGUUUGUCGAAGCACAUCAGCUAAACCGCCUAUUAAGUUCGAGAAAUAAAGAGCCGCGGUAUGCAAAUUCAAGAACUCGCAUCAUUCCAGGAAGAUAAUCUGCACAUCUCUGUCAUUAAGUGUCAUAUUAAAAUCAUGUUGAGUGUCUCCAGGAACUGAUUUCAGAAGAACUGUUGGAGCUUGACAGCGAGAGCCGAAGCCUCUGACUCACGAGAUGAUGUAAAGUUCCCGGCCCGAAGGCAUCAGAUCCCGACGUCAUCCCCUGAUCACAAGCUUCGACCUGAGCGGUGACGAGCGAGACGACUCGAUCCACACCUGCAGUCGAGCACUGAGACUCGGAGACGAUCACACGGACUCUGGGUCCAACAUGGAUGGGCGAAUCAUUCCGGCGGCCAUUUUACAACAUUGGACGUUUUCAAAACAAUUUCCCCCAAGUGCACCGACGGACGCGAUCUGAACGCUGAUUGGUCGAGACAGCGGCUGAAGAAUGUGUGAGAUGACUUAAAUAGCGUCUCUCGCGCGCAGAAGAGCAGAACAUCUCCAUUCUCCAACACACACACUCUCUCAGAGAGACUGUUUCUGCAUCAGUAGAGUGUGUGUCUCUACAGGAGUGUUUAAUCUCCAGCAUCAUGACUCUGAGAGGACUCGUUCUGUGUCUGUUAUUGUGGAGUUCCGAGAGCAGACAUGCAGAAAUGCCGGACGAUGAUUCCGUGUUCGACCUGUUCGAGCUCUCGAAUCUGCACAAGAAGCACCACGGGGUGAGUUUAGUGAAGGGACCCGAUCCAAACAGUCCCGCGUACAAGAUCCUGAACCCGAACCUGAUCCCCUCCGUGCCCGAGCUCUCCUUCCGGGACCUGAUCGACUCCAUCCAGAGCGAGAGAGGCUUCAUCUUCACCGCGAACCUCAAGCAAGCCAAGCGCACACGGGGAAGCCUGAUCUCCGUGGAGAGGACCGACGGAACCGGGUCCGUGUUUGAGAUCAUAUCCAACGGGAAAGCCGACACGCUGGAUCUGGUGUACCGGACCGCGAGCGGACAGCAUGUGGUCUCCGUCGAGGACGUGAGUGUGGCGAACGGGCACUGGAGGAACAUCACGGUGUUCGUGCAGGAGGAUCGGGCUCAGGUUUAUGUGGGCUGCGAGGAAAUCAACACGCAAGAACUCGAUGUUCCGAUCCAGCAGAUCCUGAGCCCGGAGAGCGCGGACACCGCCAGCCUGAGGAUCGCUAAAGGAGCCGCCAAAUCAGACCGCUUCAUGGGAGUUCUCCAGAAUGUGCGGUUUGUGUUCGGAACGACGCUGGACGCGAUUUUACGCAAUAGAGGAUGCGGGAGCUCUCCCUUCAUCACGGACGUCAUGCGCUUUGAGAACUCGGUGAACGGAUCGAGUGCGGCCAUCCGCACGGACUACACCGGACACAAGUCUAAAGAUCUGCAGGACAUCUGCGGCUUCUCCUGCGACGACCUGACCAGCAUGUUCUCGGAGCUCAAGGGCCUCGGUGUGGUGGUCAAGCAGUUGUCCAACGAGCUCCGCCAAGUGACAGCAGACAACAGCUUAAUCAUGAACCAGAUCCAAAUCCACAAAGGCGUUUGUCUGCACAACGGGAUUGUGUACGGAGACAGAAGCGAGUGGACGGUGGACAGCUGCACACACUGCACAUGUCAGAACUCGGCCACUGUGUGUCGUGAAAUCUCCUGCCCGCUCAUGCCCUGCGCCAACGCCACGGUCCCGGAUGGCGAAUGUUGCCCUCGCUGUGGAACACCGAGUGACGCGGGUGCAGAAGAUGGCUGGUCGCCCUGGUCCGAAUGGACCCAUUGUUCGGUGACCUGUGGACGAGGCGUUCAGCAGCGUGGACGCUCUUGUGACCGAAUCAACAGCAACUGUGAUGGCACGUCCGUCCAGACGAGAGACUGUUACACGCAAGAAUGCGACAAACGAUUCAAGCAGAAUGGGGGCUGGAGCCACUGGUCUCCCUGGUCUUCCUGCUCCGUGACGUGUGGAGAGGGUGUCAUCACUCGCAUCCGCCUGUGCAACUCCCCAACGCCUCAGAUGGGGGGCGAAGACUGCGAGGGAGAUGGCCGGCAGACCGAGCCGUGCCAGAAGCCGUCGUGUCCCGUGAAUGGAGGUUGGGGACCCUGGUCACCAUGGGACUCUUGCUCCGUCACGUGUGGUGGAGGACUUCAGCGCAGACACCGUUUGUGCAACAGCCCGGCUCCCAAACACGGUGGAAAAGAAUGCCUGGGCGACUCCAAAGGAAGCCGGAUGUGCAACGCCCAGUCGUGUCCCGUUGAUGGAUGUCUCUCCAACCCGUGCUUCGCCGGCGCCAAAUGCACCAGCUUCCCCGACGGCUCCUGGAAGUGCGGCGAGUGUCCGGAGGGGUACCGUGGGGACGGAGUCCACUGUCAAGACAUUGAUGAGUGCAAAGAAGUUCCCGAUGCCUGUUUUGUGCUCAAUGGAGUCCAUCAGUGCGAGAACACAGAACCGGGCUACAACUGCCUGCCCUGCCCACCGCGCUACUCCGGACAGCAGCCCUUCGGCCGGGGAACAGAGCAAGCCGUCGCCAAUAAACAGGUCUGCACACCUAGAAACCCAUGUGCGGACAGCAGCCAUGACUGUAAUAAGAAUGCCAACUGCAUUUACCUGGGAAUCUUCUCCGACAUCAUGUACCGCUGCGAGUGUAAACCAGGCUAUGCUGGGAACGGUUACAUCUGCGGAGAAGACCCAGACCUGGACGGCUGGCCAAACACGGACCUCCCCUGUGUGGAAAACGCCACCUACCACUGCAAGAAGGAUAACUGUCCUGACCUUCCCAACUCUGGGCAAGAAGACUAUGACAAAGAUGGAACUGGAGAUGCUUGUGACAGUGAUGAUGACAAUGAUGGGAUCCCUGAUGACGGGGACAAUUGCCCGUUCAUCUUCAACCCAAGACAGUACGACCAGGACCACGAUCAAGUUGGCGACCGAUGCGAUAACUGCCCGUACGACAGUAAUCCAGAGCAGACCGACACCGACAGCAACGGCGAGGGUGACGCGUGUGCCAUAGACAUCGAUGGAGACGGCAUUCUGAAUGAGAAGGACAACUGUCCAUACGUGUACAACACUGACCAGAGAGACACCGACCAGGACGGAGUCGGCGACCACUGUGACAACUGCCCUCUGGAGCACAACCCUGACCAGAUUGACUCUGACUCUGACAACGUUGGAGACAAGUGUGACAGCAACCAAGACAUCGAUGAGGAUGGACAUCAGAACAACCUCGACAACUGCCCCUACAUCCCCAACGCCAACCAGGCCGACCACGACAAGGACGGCAAAGGAGACGCCUGCGAUCAUGACGACGACAACGAUGGCGUACCUGACGACAAAGACAACUGCAGACUGGCCUUCAACCCUGAUCAGCUGGAUUCGGACGGUGAUGGCCGAGGUGACGUUUGCAAGGACGACUUUGACCAAGAUAACGUGCCAGAUAUUUUCGAUGUUUGCCCGGAGAACUUUGCCAUCAGUGAAACAGAUUUCCGCAGAUUCCAGAUGGUUCCCCUCGAUCCCACUGGAACUUCCCAAAUUGACCCCAACUGGGUCGUCCGUCACCAGGGCAAAGAGCUUCUGCAGACCGUCAACUGUGAUCCCGGCAUUGCUGUCGGUUAUGAUGAGUUCAACGCCGUGGACUUCAGCGGCACGUUCUUCAUCAACACGGACCGUGACGACGACUACGUCGGCUUUGUGUUUGGCUACCAGUCCAGCUCCCGUUUCUAUGUGGUGAUGUGGAAGCAGAUCACUCAGACCUACUGGUCGCAUACGCCCACCAAAGCCCAGGGUUACUCCGGACUGUCCAUUAAAGUCGUGAACUCCACUACGGGACCCGGCGAACAUCUCAGGAACGCUUUGUGGCACACCGGAGACACGGAAGGACAAGUGCGCACCCUUUGGCACGACCCCAAGAACAUUGGCUGGAAGGACUACACUGCCUACAGAUGGCACCUGAUCCACAGGCCCAAAACCGGACACAUCAGAGUUAUUAUGUACGAGGGCAAGAAAGUCAUGGCUGAUUCAGGAAGCGUUCAUGACACGACCUACGCUGGAGGAAGACUUGGCCUCUUCGUCUUCUCUCAAGAGAUGGUUUACUUCUCAGACCUCAAAUACGAAUGCAGAGAUGUAUAACGACCCCAUGGUUGUUUUCCCGAAGGACGGCCCACUAUCUUCUGCUUUCUGUCGGUUUAAGUUUGUGUUAUAACUCAUCAUCGGUCUCCUCCAAUCUCAAUGGGAUUCUCAGUCAGUUUCUUGUCUCGUGUCGUUUGGUGGGUAAAGGGAAGCUCUUCUGUAACCUCAGAUCUGCUGUGGACCAGUCGCUCAUGAACUGAAGUAAAGCCUCUGCUGGCUUCGAGAUCCCACUGGAGGAACUGUGGAUGAACAGGAUCGACUGGUUUCGUGAAAGCAUGUUCUUCUGCAUGAACGUUUGUCGUUGAGACGUCCAGAUCUCCAGGACUCAAUGAUCCAGGCUUGUUUUUCCAUAAACACCCCUUUUGCUUUCAAUCAGAACCACAGAGUCUUCAUUUCACUGUUUAUAGAGUCUUUCUCAGGGCUGGAAGGAUCUUUGUGUUUAAAGUUCAUGUCUUAGAUUCGAGCUUCAGAGCUUUUGUGGUUCUAAACAAGCCUAAAUGAGAUAUUACAGAGGCGCACUCCUGUGGUUUAUUUAUAGUGUUGAGAACUCGUCUCAGAGCCACUUAUUACGGAAACAAACACAGAACUGGAGCGUUGAGAGCGCCUCCUUCGGGCCAGGAGGAGCUCAGUUCAUAUUACCUCACUGUUCUAUAAUUGAACUCAACAAACAUCACAAGUGCCAUUUAUAAGUCAGUUCUGUGUUGUGUUUGAGCUACUGUAUGUAGUGAAACAUUUCUUCUGUAAAUAAUACAACAUUGUUUUAUUUUAGACGAGAUGCCCCAGUAGAACAUGAAUGGAAAGUUGUUAAUAUAAAUAGUUUGUGCCUAAUUGAUGUCUUUUUAAAAAUAAGUUAUUGGUAAUGUUUUUUUUUAAAUAUAUUUUAAUGUGUAGAUAUAUGCUAUUUAAAUAAUUUAUAAUGAACUGUAACCUGACAUUGGAAGAAUUUGUAUAAACUGUUUGCACACUGAUGAGGAUUUUCUUUGUUUUUAUGGAUGCUUCAAUGUCAGUAUUGUUACCAGUUUUAUUCAAUAAUGUUGUUCAAUUCUUAUCAAUAAUUUUGUAAAAUCACAAUAAAAACUUUUGAGUAAAGUGACUUUAAA